AUGGCCGACUUUCGGCAGCUGGCCCUCGACUUUGUCCUCGAGGAGGAUGAAGCCAAGCUCACGGAAUUGGCUCAAAGAGCGGCCAAAGAGCUCGAGGCGGCUCCCGCCAAUUCCAACCCUGUUGCCCGGUGGGUAGAGGCUGUCCAGCCAUGGAUGCCGGGAAACAAUGAGGCUGAAGAUUCACAAGAGAUGCCGGAUUGGACAUCAAGAGCAAAGGCCUUGGAGUUCCUGUCCCGUACGCUGGACUUUGUGAAACCCGACCUCCUCAAGCCGAGUCAAGUCAAAUUGUUGAUUGCCUUUUUCGGUGCCAUGCUCGACAUUGAUCACAAGGCGGGCAUCUUGGCCUCGGCCUCGGCCUUGUCCCGGAUCAUCGAGAUGAAGGCAUUUCAGUCGCAGAGCGGCUACGACAUCAUCAGUAAAGUGUGCGGCAUGAAAGAGGACUUUCAACGACAGACUGCCAAGACGCGCCUUGCCGUUUACGAGCUGCUGCGAUCACUCAUGGUCACCCCUGAAGUGGCCAGCAAUCUGCAGCAACGCGAUGGUGCCUCUUCUGGGUUCAUGAUGAAUUUGCUGGAGCUGUGUCGCAACGAGAGAGACCCAGACUGCUUGAUUGUGUGGUUCGACAUUUUGAGAAUCUUUCUCCAGCAGUAUGAACCUUCACAAGAGGUUCUCGAGGCCGUCUUUGGCGCUUUUAAGGCAUAUUACCCCAUUACGCUUCCGCGCUUGACGCAGAGCGGCAUCACGCCGGAGGAUCUCAAGUCCCAGCUGCGGAAAUGCUUCUCGUCAACUCACCGUCUAGCGCCUCUUGCGCUGCCCUUUCUGGUAGGCAAGCUCGACCAAGGCGAUGGCGUUACAGUAAAUGUCAAGAGCAUCAAAGAAUGCCUCGAGAAAUACACGCAUCCGGAGCAGUCCAUUAUCCCCUACGUGAGUCGCAUUUGGGGCAGCCUCAAGUACGAAGUACGAAACGGAGAAAUCGAGGAUGCCAUCUGGGCCACUCUCGAAGUCUUGAAAACGCUCGCCACGAGGCUCAAGGACGACGACCUCCGCAAUUACACCCUGGAUGUCACGCGUGACUGCGUCAACGACUUGUCGAAUCCCAUGUACACCACCCAGGCGGGCCGCCUCAUCGUCAGUGUCCUCAGCGCAAACCCGAGCGCAUUCGUUCUCAUGGUGGCGCCGACAGUCACGCAUCUCAAGGACAACUUACGCCACCGAAAGUCCGUCACUCAUAGCCAGGACCUGCUCAAGAUUCUGAAUGUGAUUCUGGAGACAAGGCUCCUCCUCUCACAGGCCCAGAUGACGGAUGAACAAAAGAGUGACUUCGUCGCUGUUGACGGCGUCUUCAAGAAUCUCUACAGCGACGUAUACAAAGGCCCCGUAGCACUUGGAAGCAAUGUCAAUGCCAACGAGGACGACAUCAAAAUCGCAACGGUGGCCGUUCAGGGCGUUGGCGCGCUGAUCUCGCAAGGGACCGUACCCCUUGGGCCGGAGGAUGAACGUCGCCUACUUCUCCCUGAAGCGACGUGCUCUGAAAUUUGCCAGGCACUCUUUGCCAUCCCACUAAGCGCUUUCAAUAAUCACUCAAACUCAAACUUGGAUGACCUCCUGAACGAGACGGCCAAAGCCCUACACAGGGCCGUCCAAGCCUACGCGCCAGGCUUCAAACCAUUGGUCGAUCAGUUCGUAUCAGUCGUCCGUGGCAGUCGCGAUGACCAGAGCGACGAGGCUGCCGAGAAGAUCCAAAAGAUUGCUUCUUUGCUUGCCUAUGUCGGAUGCUCCGAGCUGCCGAAAUCUCUCAUCAACGGGAGACAUAACUUCUUGGCUCUGAUCCAUGUCUUGACCACCGAACUGACAGCAGCAAUAGACGCAAAAGCCAGCCCCAAGAUUUGGUGUGCCCUGGUUGUGGGCAUCCAAGCAGCUUCACGCUACUUCAACGACGCUUGCUUGAAGCAUAACCCGGAGACGGACCAGGUAUUCGACGGCACCAUGUGGCUGUAUCGGGCUACUUACAAGUAUCCCGAGCUGCGAUCCCUGGCCGGAGAAGAAGACGACGGCUCUGCACCAAGCUACAGCGGCGCACCACCACCGAAGGAAGCAACUGCCACUGAGCUCCGGAAUGACGUCUUGCUCAUUGGCCUGGUGGUUGUCAGAAGCCUUUAUCGCCGCGCAACAGCCGCAGUCGGACCCAUCCACGGCACUCAGAAGCCGGCGCUCCAGCUCAGCGGCGACUUUGACGGCUCCGAUAAGCCCUCUGAGUAUCAAUAUCUGCACCUUAUUUCCGACUUUGCCGGUUUCGUCCUUCGUGAGAUGGGUGAAGCUCAGCAGGUUUCACUGAAGCUUGACCACUACUUUUUGAAUCUAUUUCAGGACGAGUUAAUACCAAUUCCUGCUUCUACUUCCGAAGAGCAGAGAAAAGCGAGACUGGAAAAGUAUACAGAUGAGCAGGGAUCGUCAUGGGGCUGGUUGACGGAAAAGUCUGUCAACGUUCUUUCUCUGGGGCUUCUGGAGGCUAUGAGGCCGUCUGUGGUUGCAAAACUGUUUGAUUCUGGUGUAGCGCAGGAACUUUUGGUCAGCGGCACAUUGAGUGCCUCUCUCAACCAGAGCUCCCUCACAAGACCCGUCACUAGAUCCAUCCUAACCAUUCUGGCAAACAAGUACAAGAUCGAGGGCAUCAGCUACCUGGUGUCGCGACUAGAAGGCCGGUUGGAUACGGCCCUUGAAAACGCGCAGAAAGCCGUCGACAGUGACGAUGUCGCCCGCUAUCUGGAGCAGGUAUCCUCCAUCUACGCAAUCGUCAGCGGACUGAUACGUCGACCAAGCGGCACGCAAGCCCGAGGCCUCAUACAACGACUCCGGGAAGCCCCCCGGAACGAAAACACCGGCCACCUGCUUGCUCGACGACUCGAAAUGCUCGUAGCCCCUCAAAAGUGCCUGACAAAGGAGAGCUUCGCCCUCGUCAAGCCCCUCUGGACGCAAAAGAUUUACUUUGAGCUAGUCAAGCCGAUGCUCGACACAGCAACCACCCAAGACCCCCAAGCCGGAAGCCAGCUCAUCAAGACAAACUACCGCGUCGCGGUCCUCGCAAUGGUCAAGCACAUGCCCUUUGCCAUAUGGGAAGACAACUCGGCCGAGAUCCUCCGGGCCGCAAUUUCCCUGUCGCAGAACCUCGGCCCGGGACCAGACACCCUGCCGGCCCUCGAGAUCCUCAAGCGUGUCCUCGCGGAAGCGCCCGCCACGGCCCAGGAGUACGUCAAGAGCCUCAUCGGCAUCUCGCUGCCCUGCUUCUCGGCAAAGGCCGCCUCGCAGCUGACGCGGCCCGCGUGGCUCCCGGCGGGCUACGUUGCCGCGCGGACGAGCCCAGAGGUCGGCGCCGAGUGCGGGCGGCUGGCGCUCGAGGUCGUCGGCGCGCUGCCGCGGCUGUUUGAGUCGCGGUUCGUGGUGCCGUUUGUGCCGCAGGUGAGGCGGGAGCUUUCGCUGGCGUGCGGGCAUGCGGUUCGGGAUCUGCGGAGGUUGGCGAGGAUGGCUCGCGCCGCGUGGACAGAGAUGAAAUAG